CGUCACACAGCCGACCGUCUCCCACUCGAGCUGCCCCCUCCCUCUGGACCCGAGUGACUCAGGCCUUUGUUUGUCCUUCCUGGUCGAGGCGGGCUCCCUCCCUCGGCAAGAUGCCGGAGUGCUGGGAUGGGGAACACGACAUCGAGACGCCUUACGGCCUUCUGCACGUGGUGAUCCGGGGCUCCCCCAAGGGGAACCGCCCGGCCAUCCUCACCUACCAUGACGUGGGCCUCAACCACAAGCUGUGCUUCAACACCUUCUUCAACUUCGAGGACAUGCAGGAGAUCACCAAGCACUUUGUGGUGUGCCACGUGGACGCCCCUGGACAGCAGGUGGGGGCGUCGCAGUUUCCUCAGGGGUACCAGUUCCCCUCCAUGGAGCAACUGGCUGCUAUGCUCCCCAGCGUGGUGCAGCAUUUUGGGUUCAAGUACGUGAUUGGCAUCGGAGUGGGAGCUGGAGCCUACGUGCUGGCCAAGUUUGCACUCAUCUUCCCCGACCUGGUGGAGGGGCUGGUGCUGAUGAACAUUGACCCCAACGGCAAGGGCUGGAUCGACUGGGCUGCCACCAAGCUCUCCGGCCUGACUAGCACUCUACCGGACACGGUGCUCUCCCACCUCUUCAGCCAGGAGGAGCUGGUGAACAACACGGAGCUGGUGCAGAGCUACCGGCAGCAGAUCGGGAACGUGGUGAACCAGGCCAACCUGCAGCUCUUCUGGAACAUGUACAACAGCCGCAGAGACCUGGACAUUAACCGGCCUGGAACGGUGCCCAAUGCCAAGACGCUCCGCUGCCCCGUGAUGCUGGUGGUCGGGGAUAACGCGCCCGCUGAGGAUGGGGUGGUCGAGUGCAACUCCAAACUGGACCCAACCACCACCACCUUCCUGAAGAUGGCGGAUUCUGGGGGGCUUCCCCAGGUCACACAGCCAGGGAAGCUGACCGAAGCCUUCAAAUACUUCCUGCAAGGCAUGGGCUACAUUCCGUACUUGAAGGACCGAAGGCUGAGUGGAGGCGCAGUGCCCUCAGCCAGCAUGACCCGUCUGGCACGCUCCCGUACCGCGUCCCUCACCAGCGCCAGCUCGGUAGAUGGCAGCCGCCCGCAGGCCUGCACCCACUCGGAGAGCAGUGAGGGGCUGGGCCAAGUCAACCACACCAUGGAGGUGUCCUGUUGAAGCCUCUGGUCCCACCGAAGACGCCCACUUGCCCGCUUGCAUCGAGGUCCCACUGCCAUCCUUGCGCCGGCUCAUUUUCCCUUUAGUUUAUUUUUGUGAGGGCAAAGGGGAGGACAUGGGGUUACUUCUCUUUUGUAUGAAAAAGUCAGGGGUCCAUCACACAUGCUGCAGUGGAACAGUCUCCGGAUGGUUGGAAGGGCUCACUCCCCACCCCCAUCGCAGCCUGUUAGCUCAGCUGACUUGGACCCCUGCCACCCAACUCCCUGUGGCACAGGCAGGCAGGGCUACAGGGAAGGGUCCAGGCUCAUUCCUGGGUCAAAGAGUGAGUGUGGGAUGAGCCCUUGGGCAGGCAGGUUUGAAGAUGGGAGGGGGCUUUGAGCGGGUGGGUGCUGGGGGCCAGCUCAGGCACUGGGGUGGGAACUAGGAGACAGCAGCAGGGAGCAUUGUGAGGCCCCUUCCCCCACCCUCUACCAAGCACACCUGUUUCUGUCUUGUAGCACAUGUGACAAUCAUCUGGACAAUAGCCACAAGGGGGCACUCCGACCAGGCAGCCAUUUUCCUGGUGCUCUCUGGGCCUGGCUGGUGCUGUAGGGCCAGGCAGGCAGGGGCUGAGGGGGUUUCUCUGCCCAAAGAAGACAAAACAUGGAGAGCCGUGAGGGCAGGAACCCCACAGACUGUCCCUUCCAACCCACACACUCUGCCAUCACCUGGCCCUGUCCCAUUUCUGAGCCACUUCUCCCUGAGGCAGUCACCUGGUCCUGUCUCCACAGUGACCUGACUGGGGGUGAGGGCAAAGGCUGGGAUAGCUGUGUGUGUUGUGUGCACCCCCGAGACUUUCAUAGUGACUGUCUUUAGGAGCCGGCAGGGUCAGCUGAGAGAUCCUAUAGCGCCUCUUUUGCCCCCAGGUGCCCCAGAAGACAACCCAAUCAGCAGCAGCUUGGUAUUUCUAGGCAGAGCUCUGGUCAAGCUAUGCAGCGUUUCCUGUAGGCAUCACUAAGGAAGAGCGAGCUUACCUGGAGAGAACUGGUCCAAGGCAGUGAGGCUUCCACAGUCCCACGUCCCCAUCUCAGCCCGCUGGAGUGGGCACGGGCUGGGGCUUGCUGGGACCUGGGGUGGAGGCCGAAGGUUUCUGACAUGAACAAAGGCCAGGUAGAGGAGAAAGUCUCCCCAAACACCCCAGACCCCUCCUGCCACCUGAAGCCCAAGACUGUGCCGUAUACUUCCCACCCGCCUUACCCUGUAGAAUUUCCAGGCCCAGAAACCAGACCCAUUUGUCUUGGAGCCUAAAUUGAGGGUCACAAAUCUCAAAACAGAGAGGGGAGAGGAUGAGAAAAUGAAGGGCUGUGGAGGGGAGGGUUGUGUGGGGGUGUUCUGAGGCUGAGGGGAUACCUAUAUCCAUAUUUCCUCUGCACACAUCAUUUCCCUACUGUAAUCUUGAGCCAUUACUAGACUGCUCUAGGGCCUGGUGGGUGUUAGUCCGUCCCCAGUUCUAGUCACUCAUGUGCUUCCUUUGAAUACUGAAUGUGACUUUUUGAAAGCUGGUAGAAUUAAUCCCUCUUACUGUAGAUAGUACUGAGAAUCUUGGAUUUUUUUUUUUUUUUGCUGUGUUUCCAGAUGAGAUAGCUAUAAAUAUCUAUACAUUAUAUAUAUGUAUAUUGGGUCCUCCUGCGUGUGGUUUUCCAUCGGAGGUUGUCUCUUCUUUGGUCAAGGUGAACUUUUAAUGGAGUUUAUUAUUUUCCUCUCUGUACAAAGUGAAGAGCCUAAUUUUGUGUAUUCUGGUGGCUGAUGUCAUGAGACUCUGAGAUGACAAAAUGUAAAACAAAAAUCCUUGUCAAUGUAGAAAGAGUUAACUGUGCCGAAAAACUAAUAAAGAACCUAAGA